GAUAACGGCGCUUCUUUGCAGUAUGUGGAAAUACAGCCCUACUUUUGUCAUUUAGCCAAAAAUAAAGGGAUAAAAUAAGACUAACUAAGCUUGCAACAAGUCCAUAAUAUGGCAAGAUACUAAGCUAAUGCUGAUGCUGCAUUGUUUGUAAAAAGGCUCGUCUUUGGCGCUAUGGCGUCUCCUCCGAGCGAUUCUCGGGGUAAAGUGAGAAAGAAAAGACAAGAAUCACUACGAAAAGAGAAGGAAAAUGACAUCCAGGAACAUCAAAGCAGUGAUGAAGACCCAGGAGAGACUCUGAAACGCACAAUCAGGGCUCAGAGACAGAGGCGGAAAAAGCUGCUUGAACAGUCCCAAGAGGAUACUGAAAAUGUAGUGGAGGAUAUUUCUCCCUUUCAACAUAAGGAUGAAGAUGCUGAAGAAACAGCGAGAGCAACUGAACCUGCGGUUUGGUCAACACCACCAAGAGCCAAGAAAAGUCUGUCUAAUCUUCCACCAAUUCCUGGUUCACAACACUUGGAUGACGUGAUGACACAGCGCUUGAAAGAGAAGUUUCAAGCAGCCAGAACAAGAGUUGAGAAAAUACAUCGGCAAGAAUCCAGUGUCAAGCCAACCAGUCGACUACAGAAGUUAAAAGAUAGAGAAACUGUUACGAGGUUUGACAGAGAGCCUGAUGCAGAAAUGCAAGACAUCUCUCAGUCCCUCAGCACAAGAGUUAAAUUCAGAGAAGCAGUGCGAAAGACUGACACUGGCAUCCCGACAGCAGAAGAAGCAUAUAAUUUUUUUACAUUCAACUUUGAACCAGAGCCGGAGGAGAGUGAGGAACAGAGUAAGAAAAGUCCGACCAAACAGAGGACUGCUGGAGAGGAUGAGGACAGUGAGAAAGAGGAGCAAGAAGAGCAAGAAGAGUCGGACAUAGAUCGGGCAAAUCAAGAUGAAGAUCAUAAUGAGGAAGCCCCCCUUGUCCAAGAUGACAGAGAUAAUUUAUUUGUGACUGAACAAUCGACGGAGGACUUUAUUGUAGUGAAGAAAGCUGAGUACAUUGGAUACCACAAGCGUCUUCAACACGCAAGCGAGCUACUCUUCACACCCAGCUUACGGCCAGUUCCAACAUGUGUAAAACUACCUGAAAACAUUAAGCCUCGCUAUCUGGAAGAUGAGGGUCUGUAUGUUGGAGAGAGACCCCCUGUGUCUUUGACCAAUGAGAAUAUUUUAGAGAAUCGUCUUUUAAAGUCAGCAGAGGGGAAAAAGUGGUUUGGUGAUGAUGGCAGGAUAAUGGCAUUACCAAAUCCAAUAAAAGAGUCAUCCACACGACCUCCUUUGUUUCAUAUGGAGGAAGAGCUGGACCCGGCGCUACAGACUGUCUUCAGGAAGCCAGUUAUGUCCAAGCAAGAAAACGCGUACUUUGCUGGAGUGGGGGACUCUGCUGGAGACUUCCAGCUCGAUGUGGACGUCUCUGGACUGAUCUUCUCUCAUCAUCCCCUCUUCAGUCGCGAGCACGUCCUGGGAUCACGUCUAGUCCAACUCUAUGACCAGUAUCUCAACAGGCAACACAAUAACCUCACUGGGCGCCUCACUGAGAAGUUGAAAGGGUUGAGAACUGCACUACAGAAUAUGGUUGAGAUUCACGGAGAGGAAAAUUUGACGGAGGCUCAGCAGAAGAGGAUUUUAGAGUACAACGUGGAAAUCAAAGACACGCGUCAGUUGCGAGACCGUGAACAGGAGAAAGACAGGACUCUGUUGAAGAAUAUUAUUAAAGUUUGGAAAGACUUGAAAACCUUGAGAGACUUUCAGAAGUUUACCAAUACACCAUACAGACUCCAGCUCAGACGAGAGAUAGUAGACCCUGAAUUGGAUGAGCGAGAGUAUGAGAGGGAGAUCAUGGCAGAGAUCAUAGAGUUGGAGUUAGAAGCUGAACAGGAAUAUAAAAGAAAGUGGGACGACUACAAGACACAGUUGGAUAAGUGGAAACUGUGGCGAAAGAAACAGAAAGGUAAAAAGAAAAAAUCCAUGAAGAAUAAAAGGAAAGAUACAGAGGCUGAUUCAGAAGAUGAGGAUUUCAGUGAUUCAGAGGCACUUGAUGAAGAGGCACCUCCAAAACCAGAGGUUCCAGAGAAACCAGACUUAAACUCCUUUGAGCAGAACGUGAGGGAAAAAGCCUCAAGGAUCCGCAGAAAACCAGGAGAGCCCAUCCUGAUCCCAGAGCUGUCUGCAACUGGUAACAUCACAGCCACUGAGCAAUGUCCCAGAGCCGAGGUAGCUCGAAGGAUGGAUGUUGGAAGGCGUAUGCUGUUUGUUAGAAUUAUCUACAAUGAUAAAGAAGUGUCCAGAACCGACAGCUGUGCUCUAAACUCUGAUUUCAGGGUGCAUUUUGGGCAAAUUUUCAAUCUUAGAAUCAUCAACUGUCCCCAAAGUAUCUGUCUGCAGGUGUUUGAAGAGGCUGGUACGUCAUCCUCUUUACUGACUCAGGUCUUCAUACCCGUACCAGAGCCCUCCGUUCUUACCGGCAGCGCUCCCAUAGAGAACUUUGAGUUCAGCAGCAACCAGAGAGUCACAUUUGACCACGAAGGAGUAGGAAGUGAUGUGCCCUUGUCCUUUGAAGCUGAUGGCAGUAACAAAAUCACCUUGCUGACUUCGGGAAAACUUGCAUGUUGUGUGUCCUGGGCCAUUGGUGAUGACGAUGUCCCACUCGCUCCUCCUGUGUCACAACAAUAUGGUGGAACACACAGUGGUUUGGGACACCUUGAUGCCGUCUCAUUUAUUGGAGCGUCUGGGCUGUAUGACUUGAAAAAAAUUGGAGAAUGGGCAAAACAGUCACGACUGGAUCCCAAUGAUCCAAAAAACGCCUCCAUCAUGCAGCUUUUGAAAGUUGCUAGUAGCGGUGAGGUGACUGCUCCAGACUAUUUUAGACUCGAACAAUUGCAAGACGAGUUUAAUUUUUGCACUGAUGAAGAGCUGGACAGUUCAAAAAGAUACAAACUGCUUAGGCUGAGGAACCAAGGUGUCCCCGAGUUCAGAAAUUAUAAAUGUGUUCCUGCUCUUGAGAGAGAGGUGUCUGAUAACGUUUUCCUGGAUUAUGAGAAGAGACUGAAAGAGGGGGAUGUCGUGGACACCAAACAACACCUGGAUUCACAUCGUGCCUUUGUGGCCUCUUACCUUAAAAAAAUCAGAGAGUCGGUCAUAAAUAGAUUCCUUCUUGCCAAACAUCGCUACCUACUCACAGACCUGGUCGUAGAAGAGGAGAUCCCCACUAUUGGUGGGGCAGGUGCAGGGUUACUGGGUAUAAAUAUUUUCAAACUGGCUGAGCCCAAGCGCCCGCUGAAGCCCCAGAGGAAGGAGAGGAAGAAGGUGACUGCGCAAAACCUGACAGACGGAGAUAUCAAGCUGUUGGUCAACAUCAUCCGUGCCUACGACAUCCCUGUGAGAAGACCCCACAACAAUAAGGGGCCACCAAUACAGACAUCUCAGGGUGACCUCUGUCAGAUUCAGGUAAGGCCUUUUGUGGAGGUAUCGUUCCAGCGCACAGUGCUUCAGACAACAACAGCAGAAGGGCCCAACCCCAGCUGGAAUGAGGAGCUACAGCUUCCUUUUAGUGCCCCAAAUGGAGACUACAGCACUGCAAACCUGCAGUCAGUCAAAGAUGAGGUUUUUAUUAACAUUUUUGAUGAAAUUCUCCAUGAAACUGGAACGAGUGAUAGUGACAAACAAAAGUCAAUCCAUACUCGUAUUGAGAGGCACUGGUUGGGUUCAGUCAAGAUCCCCUUCAGCACUAUCUACUCUCAGUCCAAGAUUGAUGGGACUUUCAAAGUGAACACCCCUGCCGUGUUACUGGGCUACAGUAAAGAGCGAAGCCACAAUCCCAAUGGGUAUGACGGAAGUGUGAGCGGAGGAGCAUUUAUCACUCUCUUCAUCACCAUCGAACCUCAGCUUGUGCCUGGAGAGUCGAUAAGGGAAAGGUUUGAUAGUCAAGAGGAGGAGAGUUUGCUCAUGGCCGCAGAUAGAUUUGAUAGGGAAGCUGCCCGCAGUCACCCGGACAGACCCUGCCUCACCACCGUCAUAGACCUCAAUGGAAAAACAGUCUUCAUCACUCGCUACAUCAAACCUCUUAACCCCCCUCUUGACAUGCUUUCUGACACAACUGAACCUAUGUCUAUGGUUGCCAGAUUUGUGUCCCUCAUUCCAUCAUUACCUGACAGAGUUUCAUUUUCUGGUAAUUGUGAUCUUUGGACAACAUGUGAUCAAUUUCUGACGUUCCUGGCGGGAGAUGAGGAGGAGCAUGCUGUUCUGUUGUGUAACUACUUCUUGUUUAUGGGAAAGAAAGCCUGGCUUGUAAUUGGGACUGCUAUACCGGAGGGACCCACAGCGUAUGUGCUGACAUAUGAUCAGAAUCGUUACCUGAUCUGGAACCCGAGCAGCGGACAGCAUUAUGGCCAGUACGACACCUUCUGCCCCCUACAGACUGUGGGCUGCCUGGUGGAUGCUCACAAUGUCUGGUUUAACAUUCAACAGUACAGCUCCCCAAUGAGAAUGAGUUUUGACACCUCUAAGACAAAUCUGUGGCGGCCAUUUUUCUCACGGUCGUUUGCUCAUCCGGGUCUUUCCAGUGUUCAGCCAGAGCAGAUGGUGUACCACAGCACUGACAAAUCAACUACAGUAGAGCUUCAAGACAGAAUUGAAAAAAUCCUAAAGGAAAAAAUAAUGGAGUGGCGUCCUCGUCAUGCCACCCGCUGGAACCGCUUCUGCUGCAGUGCGCUCAAACAGUUUCUGCCCAAACUGGAGAAGAGCGGUGGACAGGACCUGGCCGAGGGGCACCGCCAUGAACUGCUAAGCCUCCUGGGAGAUCACAAGCUCGACUCCCGCAGCCCGUCUCCGCUCCGGCUCCGUCUCACUCACACUAGCAUGGCGCUCAGGCAACUUACCCCUGUCCGCCUCUCUUUUCUUUACAUGUUCGACUAUGAUCUGAGCAAAUAUUAA